AUGGCGGCCGCUUGGUUAGCUCCGGAAUUAGCUCUGUGGUGUCUGCUGGCGCUGGUUGUGGUCCAGUUUGCCCAAAGCCAACAAGUUGCCAGCAACAGUAAACAGCAGUCACAACUUUGGCUGGAUUGCCCCUGUAUUCAUGUCAGUGAACGCAACUCAACGCAAUGGGGAAAACUCAGUAUAAAUGCCAGCCAGACAUUUGGUUCCAAAAACAACUGCCUGAUGAUCUUCAUUGGUGGCCAGACCGAUGAGUUGGUGGCCUUUCAGCUAAUCGAACUGCAGUUGCGCCAUGGGUGCUUGGACAGUGUGGAGGUCUUUCCGUAUCUGCGCGAGCCCGUCAUCGAGAAUGCAACACAGGCGGCAUACACUUGGUGUCAGCACAGCAAUGCAAGGAAUGACACACCCGUAUAUAGUUCCGGACGUUUACUGGGACUGCGCUUGAGAUUCCAGCAGCCGCCAAAUAAACUGGACAAUUGGCACUUGAACUUAACUGCCAAUUAUAGAUUUCUUAAGAAAGAUAAGUUCAAGACGGAAGGACGCCUGUUGAUGGGAAGCUAUUGCGAUUAUUACUUCUUUGCCAGCACCAUGGGUGAAUCAGGUGGUAAUCAGGGUUAUUUUCACUCGCCACGAUUUCCGGCUCAUUAUCCGGCGCAUAUAAAGUGUGCCUACAAGUUCAUUGGACGACCAGAUACACGUGUGGAGUUGCUCUUCGAAGAACUCCAGCUGCCGCCAGUGACCAGCGGUGGUUGCCAAUUGGAUGCUCUUACCAUUUUCGAUGCCGAAUCCGCUCACAUGAGCACCGUAAUAGAUGUCAUAUGUUCUUCUCGUCCCACACGUCGCAUCUUCAGUAGCGGACCCGAUUUGUUGUUGGAAUUCAAUGCAAGUUCAAAUCGCACAGCCAAAGGAUUUCGUUGCAAAUACAAAUUCGUGCCCAGUGAACAGGAGCAGCCGCAGCCAAUUAUGGUGGCAGCCAGUGUGGCAACAGCGGCUAAACAACCAGCCAAGGCCAAUAGUCUGUUGUCGGAUAUGGAGUUGUCGAAGCCCGGUCGAGCAAUUGAUUGCAAACAAACGUAUGACUCGCGCGUAAACAAAUCUGGCACCUUUGAAUCGAAUCAGCUGUUAGGGUCGCUCAAGAAAAAUUCAAAGCCUGGCGUUGCCGGAGUCAUUCAAUGCCGUUACGAAUUUGAAGCGCAUGGCUCAGAGCGGGUACAAAUUCGUUUUCACGACUUUAAUGUUCCCACAGAGAAUGAAAAUUCAACUGGAUGCCUGGCUAAUCAUGCUCUCCAUGUGUUGACGGAAACACGUGGCAAGUUUGAGACGCAGGAGCUGGUAUGCGGAGCCUUUCUGCCAAAACCAUUAAUGUCGAAUGGGCCUAAAAUGCAGUUGCAAUUUGUGGGUAGGCUCCCACCGACUAUGACCAACAAGGUUCAAUACUACGGCUUUCGGGCAGAGUAUAGAUUUUUAACAAACUUUGGUAUCAUGUCGGGUGUUCAGCAAGGUGAUGAAUGCACUUUUAUUUACAACAGUAGCGAGCGCAUCAGUGGCCUGUUUCACUCGCCCAAUUUUCCGGGCUAUUAUUUGGAGAAUGUGGUCUGCAAUUAUUAUUUCUAUGGUGCAAGCGAUGAACGGAUUGUGGUACAUUUUACAUACUUUGAUGUCGAAGGAAUUGAUAAUUGUGAUCACCAGACAGCCAGCGAUUAUGUCGAGUUUUCAAAUUUUAUGAGUACUGAUCGCAAAUAUCAAAAGUAUUGUGGAAAAUUACCGGACUUUGAUGUGCGAUCUGAUGGCUUUUUCUUUCGCGUUACAUUACAUUCCAAUGAUCGAUUUGUGGGCAUAGGUUUUCGUGCUAUUUACACUUUUGAAACCAAAACACAAGAGAAGAUUUUGGGCGACAAUGCUUCAAUGGAAAGUUAUGUGUCUGCUGCACCGUCUCUAAAUAUUGUUUUGCUAUAUUACUUAAUCAUUUUAAUUGCAAUUAUAGAAUAUGACAUGUAA